AUAAUGUCAUGAUAAGCAUAAUUGCACUCCAAAGACAAUUCUUCAUUCUUGGUAAAUCUUCUUCAUCUAUUCCUGGUGGUUCAGAAUGAGCUUUCAGGAGCCGAAGUUGAAGCAAAAGAUGAGUAGUGGGAAAUUAGACAAGAAGAAUAGUUUCGACCAUAUAGGACCUGUGCACUUGACUAAGGUGGAUUGGCAAAGUAUGGAUCACCGAAGAUCUAUAGCGGCUAGCUUGGUUCAGAGUGCUUAUGUUCUGGAGCAUGAUCGUCAAGAAAAUCGGCAAGGGAGUGAAGCUCUUGCACCACAAUGGUGGGACUUUUUCAAUUUCCAUCUAUUGUAUCCGCUCAUCGAUAGUAAUGACUCCUCCAUCUUUGGUGCUGUAUUUGAAUUCAAAGCUUUUAACUACUAUCAGACGAGAAAUAUUCCACGAUACGUAAUUGCCUUUAGGGGAACCACUAUGAAGAAACAUUGCGUCGCACAGGAUCUGAGGUUAGACCUGAAUAUUAUAAAACAUGGACUUCACCAAUCAACGCGGUUUGGAGUUGCAAUGCAAGCUGUUCAAAGCAUGGUUUCUGCGGUUGGUCCUAAUAAUGUCUGGUUGGCAGGACAUUCUUUGGGCUCUUCUAUCGCAAUGCUUGUAGGGAAAAACAUGGCUAAAAUGGGUAACUAUAUGGAAUCGUACCUCUUCAACACACCUUUCAUUGCGGCUCCAAUUGAAAAGAUUCCGAGUGAGAAAGUGAAGCGUGGGGCUCGUUUUGCUGGCAGCCUUGUCAAAGCAGGACUCACAGUUGCCAUGAAGGGUUCCAAAGAAAACAGAAGCCCGGAUGAUAUGUUUACUGCAUUAGCUACUUGGGUACCAAAACUUUUUGUAAAUCCAGCUGAUCAUAUAUGCUGCGAGUAUAUCGGGUAUUUCGAACACCGUGACAGGAUGGAGUACUUGGGAGUCUCAGGAAUUGAGAGGUUGGCGACGCAAACAUCAGUAACAGGAUUACUGAAAAGUGCAAUUGGAAGAGAAUCAGAAGUGAUACACGUUGUUCCCUCAGCUCAUAUGACUAUUAAUCGAAGUCCAUCGACAACUUUCAUGGAAGCUCAUGGGCUGCAGCAAUGGCUUCGAGAUGAUUUGCAUCUGCAGUCUAAGGUCUACCAGUACAGAUUAUGAAUGACAAAAUGCAACGCCGUUCUUGAUUCUUAACAUAAGUUUAUAUUGGGUAAGAGAAUUUAUUAGCCAAAACAAAAGUAUGAUUACGUAGUUUGCUGGAUAAAAAAAGUAAAAAGUUUUGCAUUGUGGAUUGAUUUUAGUUAUUUGGUUAGCACCCAAAAGUGUCUUGCUUGCGCAUGUUCCAAGCCAACCGCUGAAAUUCAAGUUGAUUUCAUUAACAUUUAUGAUUAGAAAAUGUACAGUACUUGAACUUUUAUAGAUUUUCUUAU